AUGGCCAUCUCAGAUAAAUUGAACCGCCGUGUGCGGGCCAGGCCUGAUGAAGAUGAGGAAGUCUAUUCAGAAGAUUCAAACCUCGGGGAAUCCCAAGAUGAGGGUGAGGAUGGCGACUCUGAUGCUGGAGAUUUGCAAUCCGGAGAUUCCCAAGCUUCUGAUGGAAUAGAGGAUGAUGAUGAUGACGACUCUGAGAACAGCGACAACGCUGGCUCUGAUGAGGCCAGCUCUGAUCAGGAAGACGAAGACGAUAACUUUCAAUCUUCGUUAAACAACAUCUCAUUCGGUGCUCUCGCCAAAGCCCAAGCCUCAAUGGGCCCCAAAUCACGUAAGGGAAAGAUCUCAAAAUCCACCACCAACACCGAUUCCACCGCCUCUCCGCUUGAUGACAUCCGGGCCCGCAUCCGAGAAGCACGCGAGCAGAAACGUGAAGCCGCCGCCAAAGCCGCUCCUAGCAAAGAUGCCCGUGACAAGAAGGCUGGCCGGGCCAAUAAGCAUGCCCCUAUGGAGAUGUCCUCCAAACGUGCGGUGUCGCGCAAGCGCACCGUGGUUGAGCCUCCGGCAGCCGCCAAAGCGCGAGACCCGCGCUUCGACGCCGCGGUCAUGGGCCACAGUGGCGCUGGCAAGAACGCGCACGCAGCGAACAAGGCGUAUGCUUUCUUGGACGAGUACCGGGCGUCGGAGCUUAAGGAUCUCAAGGCGCAGCACGCACGCACGAAGAAUGCUGAGCAGAAGGAGGCGCUGAAGAAGCAGAUCCGCUCGGCAACAGACCAGAUGAAGACGCGCGAGAACCGUAAGCGCGAAGCGGAUAUUAUGGCCGAGCAUCGGAAGCAGGAGAAACAGUUGAUUCGCGAGGGAAAAAAGGCGAACCCAUACUACUUGAAGAAGUCGGAUCUAAAAAAGCAGGUCAUGGAGAAGAAGUACAAGGAGAUGGGCUCGCGGGACCGGGCAAAGGCAUUGGAGCGCCGCAGGAAGAAGAUGGCGUCGAAAGAGAGGAAGGAAAUGCCUAUGGAGCGCCGUGGUAUGGCUAUGGGCGACGAGCCGCCGCCUCGUGGAGGGAAGCGCCGCCGCUUGGAAUAG